ACAAAAUUCAAAAGGGCAAAAAAUAAAGAAAAAGUGGUGAUCAUCUUUCACCGGCAAAAACAGGCGGUGCUCUCUCUACACCAGGUCUAGGGUUUGGUUUAGGGUUUCAAAUUCGAUCGCUGCGGAAAUUGAAGAAGUAGAACCACAGAAAUGCGUACCCCAUGUUGCCAUACCUUCCUCGCAUUCCAUCUCAAAUUCCUCAACUUUCUCCAAAGUUUCGUUGGACUAUCGAUCAUUGUAUACUCUGUGUAUAUGCUCAAUCAAUGGAACAAUCAGUCUCUAGUCCCUCCAGCAUCAGCUCCGUCACCAGGAUAUUCUGAUUUCCUUUUGUCCAAUUUCGACCUAAUUAGGGUUCCUGAUCGAGUCACUCCUUUGAAUUUUGCUACUGACGUGGUUUCGGGUUUCGACGGCCUCAAACUCGCACUUCCAGCUCCUUGGUUCAUAUAUGCAUUUAUGGGAGUGGGUAUUCUGCUGUGUUGUAUCUCUUGCGUUGGUCAUAUUGCAGCUGAAGCAAUUAAUGGGUGUUGCCUUUGUUUUCAUGUCCUACUCACAGUUGCACUCAUUUUACUGGAAGUUGCUUUGGUGGCAUUUAUUGCGCUUAAUCGUCAGUGGGAAAAGGAUCUCCCGUUUGACCCAACUGGAGAAGUUGAUAGCUUUCGUGCAUUCAUUGAAGACAAUGCUGAUGUGUGUGUGUGGGUUGGCAACACUGUGCUGAUAAUUCAGGCAUUAUCACUGUUUAUUGCAAUGAUUUUGCGAGCCAUGGUGUCUACUCAGAAAGCACACCAUGAUAUUGAGGGGGAUUAUGAUGUUGUCAGUGGUAGAACUCGGGAGCCAUUGUUAAAUCCCCACUUAAGUCAAACAUCUGGCUCAAUCAAGGGUGAUGCAAGAGGGGUUCACUCUGACAUCUGGGCUUCACGGAUGAGAGAAAAGUAUGGUUUGAGUGGUGGUAGUGAUGCGAAUAAUAAUUUACUGAACUAGAGCACAUCACGCCAGAUCUGAACACUGACGAUCAGAGAAGGUCUUGCAGAAAAAAAAAAAAAAAAAAAAAAGAGACCCAGAGUAUUCUUUUUGAAUCUUUGUUGAUGCGGGAGUAUGCUUCCUUGCUCUUCAAUCCUUCAUCAUCCAUCUCUUUUGGGUAAGUUGUGUUGUACAUAGAGGUCUGCAACAUGUUUUUGUUUGAAAAAAUGCCCUCCCCUGAUAAAAGAUUUGAUGUGAAUGACACAUAUUUGUAACAUGAUAAAUUCGCGGUUUGUUCUUGAUUAAACCUUUGUGCUCACUUCAUGUUUCUCUCAUGCCAGCACUGAGUGAACCCUGGAAAGUGAUCUCUACUUAUAAGGCAAUUUUACAUUCUCAGCUUUCUUGCCCUAAGAA